AGUCCGCACCGCACCGCCAUCCGCACACCGGCCCGCGGGACGCGUCGUCCUCUCCGUCCGGCAUGGAGAAAGAAGAUGCCUCUGAACCGGACCCGUCCCGUCAGCGAAAUGGGGUCGUGGGUGUGCUGUACGGAGAGUUCACUGAUACGCUGAACGACAGGGUCAGGUACUCGGUUAGCCUGACGGAGAGCGCCCUGGCCAUCCAGAAGAUCUCCUCGUCACCUGGACGGACUAAGGUGGUUUUUAACUUGACUGACUGUAUCGGCUGCCGGGCGUACAGGGGCCGGGACAGCACGGACAUCGGCGCUUACUUUUCAGCCUAUUUCUACCCGUUCAAGAGGCGGUGGAUGAGCUCCGGCGUGGCCCGUCAGAGAGUGGAGCAGUGCUUUCGGGUCGCACUGGUCCAGGACCCGGUCGCCAACCUCCAGGAGGCUGAGAGAUGGGCUCAUGCCAUCAGAGAUGCCUCCGUGCAGCAGAUACCGCGGCGAGAUGGUGUGGUGUACACGGAGGUGCGUCGGCCUUGCAGGGUCAUGGUGCUGGUGAACCCUCACAGUGGGCGUGGCCAGGCGCUCCAGCUCUUCACUGGCCACGUACAGGGCAUGCUCACGGAGGCUGCUGUCCCCUACACACUGGUCAUCACAGAGCACCAGAACCAUGCACGGGAGCUGGUGAGGAAGGCUGACCUGUCGCAGUGGGAUGCCCUGGUUAUCAUGUCUGGAGAUGGGCUGCUAUUCGAGGUGAUAAAUGGUCUGAUGGAGAGAGAGGACUGGGAAGAGGCCAUCCAGACUCCGCUGGGCAUUCUACCAGGUGGCUCGGGCAACGCCCUCGCUGCCUCCAUCCACAAUUACUCACAGUCACCUCCAGCAUGGAAUGAAGAGCUACUAUUGAGCUGUGGCUUCAUGCUGUGUAAAGGUCUGGUUGUCUCUCUGGACCUGGUGUCUGUCCACCUGGCAUCUAAACAGCGCGUCUUCUCCUUCCUCUCCCUGGCCUGGGGCUUUGUGGCCGAUGUCGACAUUGAAAGCGAGAAGUACCGGCACAUUGGUGCAAUCCGCUUUCUGAUGGGCACCCUGGUGCGCCUGGCUUCCCUCAGGGUGUACCAGGGCAGGUUGGCAUACCUGCCUAUUAAGGAGGCACCAAAACCUCCUCGAAACAGCAUCAAGACCAGCCCUCCACCCUCCACACCUCAGCACCACUCGUUCUGCACCUCUCUUCCCUGUCGGCCCGUUCCCAACACGUCCCCAAAUCAGAACUCUCUGCACAACCGCAGCAGCACAAACUCCAACCACAACACCAUCACCAACUCCUCUAACAACGCCAUCACCACCAAGAGACCUGAGUCGCAGAGCAACAGCAACACCAGAGGGCCUCCCGACUCCCUGCUUCCCGGCCUGGACCAGCCAGUUCCAGAGAGCUGGACAGUGGUUCGGGAGGAGGAUUUUGUCUUGGUGCUGGCUAUUUACCAGUCUCACCUGGCUGAGGACCUGUGGACAGUCCCAGGUGCUCUGGCAAAUGACGGGCUGAUUCAUCUCUUCUAUGUGACAGCGGGCAUCUCCCGUCCCGCCCUGCUGCGCCUUUUCCUUGCCAUGGAGAAGGGGGCUCACUUGGCCUGCGGCUGCCCCCACCUUGUGUACGAGAAGGUGAAGGCCCUGCGGCUGGAGCCCCUCUCUCCGCAGGGCAUGAUCACUGUGGACGGAGAGAUGGUGGAGUAUGGGCCUGUCCAGGCUCAUAUCCACCCAGGACUGGCCAGACUUAUAUGUGGAUGAACCUGGAUUGUCCAUCUUUACCCAUCCUCCUUUAUUCUGGCUGUAGAAUUUAUCUAUUUCUCAGUAGUUUGGGCUUUAUUACUCUGAGUCGCUUUCUUUAUUUACACUGUGUUUUCAGAAGUGCCAAAGACAUUAUAUCAGCUUUUGGAAAUUCCUCUUUCUAUUUUUCUACGGAGACAACUUGCCCUAUUUUUGAUGGACCCCUCCCCCUUUGUCUCAAUGUUUGAUUCAGGGUUAAAGCCAUGGGUGGUUGUUCUUGCUGCUGGCUGGUCCCAGCUCAGAGAAAGAGAGUGUGUGCAUGUAUGUUUGUGUGUGUGUGUGUGUGUGU